AUGUUUGGUAGUCAACGCUGUCGGCAGAGUGCAAACUGGCCGUUCAUGGCCUCAAAUGAAAUUCAUGCUAAUAACUGGCAGGGGUCGGGGUCGCCCAGAGAGCUGGCAUGUACCCUACUGCUGUUUACACCGAAAGUCUGCGGCAGGUGUGGAGUGAUGCUACGAUCAGGUGGUAGGAAUGUUCCACCCGCGGGAAGCUUUCAGGCAAAGGCCGAGUGGCGGCAAAGUGCAGUGUGUGUAAAGCUAUGUCAUUUGCUCAUGGGACAGCAUGUGGUCCGGUCAAAGAUGGGAGGGAAUGUGCACAAAAUACUUCUGCCUCACCAGGGCGAGAAGACUCCCGAUGAGACCUUUCGGAUUAGGUCGACCCAACACAAAAGCCUCUUCUGCCGAGGGGAGAAUUGGCCCAACGGGUCUGCUGGCGAAUCACACCUACAGUCCGUCUGCCGACAGUGA